AAAGCGCCCACAAGACUCUGAAGUGUCGCUGUAAAAAUACGUGGUAAUGAAGCCGUAACAUUUAAGUAAAAUCUCCAAGUGUUUGAAUAAACAAAAGGGGAUUAGUUUAAAUGUGCAGAUACAUAAUUCUGUGAUUUUUAAAGAAAUGUAAUUAUUGACAUGGACCUACAUGGGAAGGCUUCGGCCGGAUAUGUAUAUUUUGAUACGCGUUCUAGCAAUAAUUGGCAAACAGAGAGGGCAGAGGAAACAUAAUUAAUUUUAAUGGAUUCAUUUUAAAAGAAAUGGCCGUCAGGCAUUGUUUGCUUUGAAAGUAUUGAGUUCAAAAAUCUUCAUAAAGCCUCUUUAACAUCAUAAGUGAAACAUAUUUACGCGAGUCUGGACUUCGUUAUAAUGGUGGUCGCACAGCCUAUUGGUGAUAAGGACACGGGGGCAAAAAACGGGAAUAUAUUGAACAGUGUGAGCCAAAAUCAAAACAGACAGAAGUCUGUAGAUCAAAGGAAAGAUAGAAGAAGUAAAAGUCACCCUCACGUUAGAGUCAGGCAAAAGUUAAGGCACUGGACGGGGGGUGAAGGGGAGGAGGGACAGAUUGGGUCGUGCUCACCUGUGGACACUAUUCCCCGUCUACCGGUACUUCGGCCAGAGAGUGAUGACGUUAUUAGAAGACGCCGAGUUCUGAGGAAAUUCAGCACUUCUAUCAGUAUCUCCAAGAGAUUUUGGAGCAGACUAAGCGAGGACCAGACGGACGGUAACAGGAUGGAACAAUGGGCAAAACUCCGGACUUCGGUGUCCCUCGGGACCGUCAUAUCGAGGGCAUUCGGUGAUAUUGAGGAGAAACGCCGUCUGGUCAUUAAUCCCAUCAAAGUGAAACAGGAAAUCCGAAAGAAACAACUGUAUUCACUCUUUCGAUUUGUUGGGCGGCUAACAAUUACUUUUUCCCGUUUGGCCAAAGCACAUAGUCUCAGAUUUCGAGAGGACGAUGACGACAUAUCCCCGUACAUCAAAGGUCUGACCUUCCACGACUAUGACAACCAGCCCGACCUCAUGUUUGACAAGUCACAGUACAAGGCCAAGAAAUCGAUCCGGGUACCAGAAGAGACAAAACGAAUCCUUUGUAAACCACCUUCACAACGCACGGAGCAAGAGCUGUACUCGGCUUUGCUGACCCUUCGUAACAUUGAGGCUUUUGCUGCCUACCCUAACAGGAUGCAGAAAAUGAUUGUCGCGGUAGGGCAAUAUGAGAGGUUCGAAGCUAAAAGAAUAGUGGUACGACAAGGACAUCCGGGAUCUUCCUAUUAUUUCAUGCUUUCUGGUGCUGCUGUAGUAAUGGUUAUGGAUAAUCCAAAUUCAUAUGCCCGCCCAAUCAAACACCUGGAAAAGGGAAUGGACUUUGGUGAGAUAGCGUUGACUCUAAACAUCAGACGACAGGGGACUAUCAUAACCAAAGAGCCGUGCGAGCUUAUGAGUAUCGGCAGACGAGACUACCAACGCAUUUUCAUGGCGGGAGGUGUUCGGAGCAUUAAUGACCCGGAUCAGGAGAAAUUCCUCAGGAGUCUGCCAUUUCUACGAAACUGGCCAAUACAACUGUUGGAGGGUGCAGGGGACAAAACCCACUUCCUCUUUUUUAAGAGUGGGGCCACAAUAGUCAAGGAGACCAGUCUGUCCCCGUGGCUUGUGAUUGUCAAAUCGGGAAGCAUCAGUAUAUUGAAGAAGUUGAAAAGAGUGCUACCUUUUGAAUGGAAACGAAAAAAAGAAAUUAAGUUUGUUCCAGAAAAAGAGAAACGCGACAACUACAACAAACGCCUCGUGCUACGACGUCACAUCCUGACGGAACUCAAGAUCCCCCUUAAAGGAAACACGGUAGACGACGAGGACAAUCAGUUUGAGGAUUAUCCCGGCAAAUACAGGAUAUUUAUACAUCCGGGGGAGGAACCGGAAACUGUGACGUCAGAGACGAUCACGCCCCUGGCGGAUAGAUUACCAGACAUUAAGGAAAAUAACGCCAAGACAAAUUCAUUUCAAAAUAUACAGAAGAAACUUUUACCCCGACUGUCAGAGGAUACCGAGGGGGAAGUAGACACGGGAGAUAACCCUUUGUUCUCAAAUCUGGAUAGCGAAGAAAAACAUCCUGUGUUUUCGUUGGAAAGAGAGGAGACGUCAUUUGACAUUCUAGCGCCUCUGCCAAAAAAGAAAGCACAUGAGAAAAAUGGAAACCGCCGGGAAAGUGUCAUGGAGAGAGAGCGGGAGAUGAUGGGGUUCGAGGAGAAAACUCGGACUGUCCAGGAUGAUCUCGAUAAUAUUGCCAAGGAUCCUGAUGAAUAUACAUUGGCCGACUUGGACCCUGAAUUUGUUAGAGUUCAAACAUUAAUCAAAGGACAGGUUUUUGGGUUAUCGGACCUUAUACUGGAGCAGAAGACCAACUUUAGUAUCGUUAGUAAUGGAGCUGACGUCAUACUUAUAGACCAACAGUUUUAUCUGAAGCAUGCACCAGAAAAACUUAUCUCCAAAAUGAGGCAAGAGCUUUGUCCCUACCCCACUGAUGACGACUUACAGACCCGUCUACAGCAGACCAUUGAUUGGGACGCCUACCGAACGGACACAAUGUCCAACACGCUCCAGUUCCUACAGACCAGACGACAGUUACGACACUCACUCAAAGUCUAACUCAUCUGCAUAUAUGAAUAUCUCAAUCAAAGUCUAACUCAUCUGCAUAUGAAUGUCUCAAUCAAAGACUUAACUCAUCUGCAUAUGACGUCACUCAUAAUCUAUCACAUCUGCAUAUACGUCACUUCUCAUUCAAUUUUUCUCAACCAUAAGAACUCGAUCACUUAAUCAGUAUGUAACUUCAUAAAUUGUGCAGGGAACCUCGUGGAGUUAUCUAUUUUGAAUUAUAUUAGAAAGUGAAAACAAGGUCAUUGUGGGAAAAAGACAAGAAUUAAAUCAGAGAGAGAGAGAGAGUACUGAUCAUUCAGGAAAUUAACCUUGAAAUUAUAUGUUUAUGUUUUCUUUUCUUUUUUUUCAUAUUUAGUACUCAUAUUCUUUGUCCGAAAAAAAUAUUUUAAGCAAAGUUAUGUUUUUCUACAGAAAUGUAGAUAUCGUAAUUUUACGUGUGAUAAUGAAAAGUGCCAAAACGGAUGUAAUGCUAUCUUUAAUAAAGUUGUAACAUAU